UCCUAGCCCAUCUUCCAACUCACACCUAUACCCUCUACGCAUCUUUCCAGCACACCCAACACAACUACACAAUGAAGUUCACUACUGUCGCAGUGCUGGCUUGCGUGGGAUCGGCCUCGGCCUUCGUGCCGCACGCGCUGCCCGCGGCACGCAUGAGCGCCAGGACCACCACCAUGUCGGCCGAGUCGCCCGCAAGCCGCGGGGACUUCCUCAAGUCGGCGGCGGGAGCGGCCGCGCUCUUGGGGCUCGCGGCGCCGGCUUUGGCGGAGGUGGACAACCCGGUCGUGCCCUUCCUUGGCGGCGGCGACAAGAUCGAUGUCAACAACGCCAACGUGCGCGCGUACAUCAAGCUCCAGGGCAUGUACCCCAGCGCUGCGGGUAAGAUCGUAUCGAACGGCCCGUACUCGUCUGUGUCGGAGAUCUACAGCAUCAAGGGACUCUCCAACGAGGAGAAGGCGGCGAUCAAGAAGCACGAGAGCAGGUUCAUCACCAUGGACCCCCAGGCCAUGUACACGAUCGACCGCAUCAACAACGGCCUCUACCGGUAAAUUUUCCACCUUGGCCUCCGGCAACCGUCGGUCGCUUUUUCUGGAAUUUUUCCUGAGGAAAACGGACCACGACGGAACCCCCCUAAAAGCUGGGUGACGGACGGAAGGCCCCACCGCUGUACCAGCCCCCACCCAUGAACAUUUGACGGCCGUUUGCCGUGGAUGAUGCAAAUCACCCGGCUUUCAAUCGAGAGGAUGUGAUGCAAGUGUAUAUGACGCGAUCCGACUUCGACCGUUUCUCAUGGGGAGGGGUGGCGUUGUCGUGUGCCUGAUUUUUGCGCCAGGGGGUUGGGGGGGGGGGGGUGUUAGAGCGAGAGUUUUGGUCAAGGUUGUUUUUCUUGCUUUGAAAUUGGCUCUGAAGUCAUGGAGCGUUCCUGACUGACGAUUUGGGUUGCCGAGCUUGGUAGAAGUCUGCACGCUGCCACAGCCCGUUCCCUUUCGGGGAAGCCGUUUCAAAUUGUUUUUUUUUUUCUGUACCUGACAGGCGUGUGUGACACUUUUGUUGGGGUUGAAUUGAAGUCUUGGCGCACGCCGCGGAAUAGAAAAUGCUCUGUUGAUGCUUGUUGCGGUAUUUCGCUGGUGUUCGUUAGAUCUGUUGGUUUUAGCCCUUCGUGUAACGAGAUCGGCAGCGCAGCACGCGUUGCUGUCCCUUUAAAGAAUGAAGCGAAUCGUCGCGACUUUGUCAACAUGCACACCUACAUGGAGGCGUCCACACGGUGCCUGGUCCGGUAUUCCGACGGACCUGCCGUGUCUUGUUUCUGUUCUGACGUGUUUUCUCCCAAGCACACACUCCUGUUGACCUCAACGGGUCAAUCCCUC